AUGAAAUCAACGAUUUUCACUGAAGACGUUGUUCCCCAAGCACCGGAUGACCCUCACUAUGGCCUAAGAGCAGCAUUUCGAGCUGAUACAUCAGAUCAGAAGGUUGAUCUCAUCAUCGGAGUAUAUCGAGAUGAUGAUGGUAAACCUUGGAAUCUUCCCGUGGUAAAGAAGGCUGAAGCGGCCUUCCAGAGAGAUGCGACCCGAAAUCACGAAUAUCUGCCCAUCACGGGCCUUCCAAGCUUCACGUUGGCUGCACAGAAGUUGAUUUUGGGAACUGAUUCACCGGCGAUCAAAGAGAACCGUGUCUGCACAGUUCAAACCAUAUCCGGCACAGGAGCUGUUCACUUGGGAGGUUUGUUCAUGGCAAGAAAUCUGUCACACCCGCCUCCUAAGCUCUAUCUACCCACGCCAACCUGGGCAAACCACAACGGAAUCUUCACGAAUGUCGGGCUGACGGUAGACUGGUACCCCUAUUACUCACUGGAGACGAAACUACUUGAUUUUGAUAGGAUGAUCUCAACAGUCCGCCAGGCUCCACCGCACAGUAUCAUCCUGCUUCAUGCAUGCGCACACAAUCCCACAGGAAUCGACCCGACGGAGGACCAGUGGAAGGAAAUUGCGCAGGUCAUCUAUGAGACCAACCUAAUCCCGUUCUUCGACUGCGCCUACCAAGGAUUCGCGUCAGGAUCAAUCUCGAAAGACAACUUUGCCAUCCGGCAUUUCAUUGAGCUCGGAAUCGACAUGCUGAUAGCGCAAUCAUUCUCGAAAAACCUCGGCCUCUACGGCCAGCGAGUCGGCUGCCUGCACAUCGUCGUGGCAUCAGGACAAGAAGACGGAACAGCAACAAGCGAUGCGAUCAAGCGCAUAAGCUCCCAAGUAUCAGCCCUCCAACGCGCCGAGAUAUCGAACCCGCCUAUCUACGGGGCCCAACUCGCGUCCAUUGUCCUCAACACACCCGCACUAUUCGAAGAAUGGCAACUCGACUUACGCACGAUGGCCGAUCGAAUCCUGCAGAUGCGACAGCGCCUGAUGAGAGACCUAGACGCUCUCGGCACGCCGGGUCAGUGGGACCGUCUUGUGAGCCAGAUUGGCAUGUUCGCCUACACCAGCUUGACUGUCGCUCAAGUGCGGGAGCUGAGAGGGACAUGGCAUGUGUACCUGACGGAAGACGGGAGGAUCAGUGUGGCGGGAUUGAAUACUCGGAACGUCACGUACUGUGCGCAAGCGAUUGAUGAUGUUGUCCGACGGAUCGGGUGA